AAGCUCGCACUCACGGCGCUGCAGGACUUUUAUUUUGACAGCUGCUCCUCCUCAGCGGCGGACAGUGUGAUUGGAUGAGGAGCUGUAAGUCGGGAGGUCCCGCCCCCCGCAGCCGGUGAUUGGCUGGCGGAGUGUGAGCGGACGGAGCGGGCUGUGUUUUAAUCAGUGUUUAUAUAUAUAAUUAUUAUUAUUAGUGAUAAAUAUAUAUAAUAUCAGAAUGCGGGAGAGGAGGUGGAGCAGGGAGAAGAGGAGGAGGAGGAGGAGGAGCAGUGCGGAGGGAGAGAGGAAGAGGAGGAGUCCGGAGUUGAGCACUGAGGAGCGUAAAGAGGAGGAGGCGGAUGGUCCGAUGGAAGCAGCUGAGGAGCCGAGUGAUGUGGAGGAAGGUGGGCUGGACCUGAAUGUUCCUUUAAAACCCAUAAGCGCCUUCGUCUCGGAGCGGCAGGAGAUGCUGGAGCAGUGCUUCAGAGUCCUGGGAGAAAAUAAGCUGAGGAAGAUGCUGCCGGACGAGUUAAAGAGCUGCUCCAUGGUGGAGAUCAGGUCGCUGUGCUGGGAUCAGCUCCAGCAGCUCUCACAGAGGAAUCUGCUGCAGAUACUGGAGGGUAAAGAAUUGAUAGCUAACUCAGAAUCCGAGGAGAAUGAAGAUAAGAGGGAUUCAGUGGACAGUCAGCAGGACAACAAUGUGGAUUCCACGUCGUCUGUGAAAGAGACAGAGGACAAACAAGGAGGAUCCGGAGACGAGAGCGACGUUCUGAGCAUCAACGCCGACGUGGACGACAGCGACAUCGAGGGCCACAAGGAUGACAAACCUGCGCCGGAGGAAGCCCCCGUUACUGUAGCAACCGCCCCUUCAGAAUCCGCUCCUCCUCCUCCUCCUCCUCCUCCUAAACCGGACGACCAAUCGGCCGAGCCGAAACUCGAGCUUCAGCACGACAUCGACAAGAGCGUGAACGAGAUCCUGGCCUUGACCACGCCCCCUACCAACAAGGCGGAGCUUGAGCUUCCGGUCGCCACGGAAGCCCCUCUCCCCUCACGUCCCGCAGCCACGCCCUCGGCGCAGCAGCUGGCCCUGCUGGAGCUGGAGAUGAGGGCGAGGGCCAUCAAAGCUCUGAUGAAGGCUAACGAGCUAAAGAAGUAAACGAGCCGCUAAUCUGCUCGUGCAGAACUCGGAACUGUGGGAUAUGUGGGCGGGGUCUACACCAUUAAGACACGCCCACAGCUCAUAACUCGUAAUUCACCCGCACAUACCAUGAGCAGUGGCCAGUGUUCAGUCAACCUCACUUACAAGAUAGCACCUCACAGCUUAUAGAGAAAUGUUGGCGUUCCUAAGCCGUUUCUUGAGGAGGUAACACUUUAUGAUGAACACACACCACUGCACAAUACCUGCAUUAGAGUGUAUUAUAAAUACUGAAGCUAAUGAGAAACUGUAUAUAGUGCAGUACAGCUCCCUCUACAGCAAACUGGAAGAUAAGGAGAAGUUUAUGCCGUAAUUUAAUUUAAAUCAAAGCUUUUAUGUCUUUUUUGGCUCUUUUUGUGUUUAGAUUUAAUAAUAUACAGUUUUAUACAGUAAAAUUCUACAGCCUGUUUUAUUCAGUAUUGAACAGGGAUCUACUGGAUCUCCAAAACUCCCAAAAAAGUGAGGGCUGCUCAGCCGACACGUCCUCCUACAGCUUCUUCUGUUAGACGGUUUAGACUCGACUGGAGGAGAAGAAGAAAAAUACUCUCUACAAAAGAAACCCUUAAAAACGUUGGGUUUCUUUGAUUUUACCAAAUUAAAAACCUCUGGAAUAUAAUCAAGAGGAAGAUGGAUGAUCACAAACCAUCAAACCACCAAACUGAACUGCUUGAAUUUCUGCACCAGGAGUAAAGCAGCUUAAAGUUAUCCAAAAGCAGUGUGUAAGACUGGUGGAGGAGAACAUGAUGCCAAGAUGCAUGAAAUGAAAACUGUGAUUAUAAACCAACCAGGGUUAUUCCACCAAAUAUUGAUUAUUUCUGAACUCUUAAAACUUUAUGAAUAUGAACUUGUUUUCUUUGCAUUAUUUGAGGUCUGAAAGCUCUACAUCUUUUUUGUUAUUUCAGUCAUUUCUCAUUUUCUGUAAAUAAAUGCUCUAAAUGAGAAUAUUUUUAUUUGUAAUUUGGGAGAAAUGUUGUCUGUAGUUUAUAGAAUAAAACAUCAAUGUUCAUUUUACUGGAAUAUAUAUAGAUUCAGAAACUGCCUCAGUUAUGAGUGGUAUUUAAAGUAUUCUACAGAUACAGCAGAUACAGAAAUAAGCACGGGGAAUUUCUAUAUAAAUUCUAUCAGGUUUAUUUCUUGAGAAAUCUCGAUGUGUAAAAUUUUCUUCUGUUUUUUUAUUUUUUGUACAUUUGUGUUGUUUAUAAAUGACUGUAACAGAAAUUCAACACAUUUUCCUAAUUAAUAAACACAUUCUCUCCAUCA